UUCACGUCGCUUCCGUUGCCGUGCACGUCUCUGUGCUACGUAGAGUUAUUCGACUUGUCCCAAAUUCGCGUUGAAACGUGAUAAAUAUUUUGUCCCGGUCGGGUUUCAAAUAUUUGUCAUCACCGGCGUGCAACGUCUGCGACGAGCCAGCGGGCGAACGAAGAGCGCAAGGACGGUUGCAAUGGCGACUGUUGGCAGUAGUUUUGUGAACAAAAUGUAUAAGUUGUGUUUCCACGCCGCACGGCGGACGACAGGACGUACAGGAUGGAGGCUGCUUCAACACAGAACAUUUAGAGUCAAUGCGGCGUGCAGGCAGCAGCCCUUCGACUCCACGCUGGAGAAGCCUCAGUUUCCCGGGGCCUCGGCCGAGUACGUGGACCACCUGGAGUUCAUCGAGCCCAACGUCAUCUCGGGCAUCCCCGUGUACCGCGUGAUGGACCGCCAGGGCAACAUCAUCGACCCCUCGCAGGACCCUCAGCUCUCCAAAGAAACGGUUCUCAACUUCUACCAGAAGAUGACGCUGCUGAACACCAUGGACCGCAUCCUGUACGAGUCCCAGAGACAGGGGAGGAUUUCCUUCUACAUGACCAACUACGGCGAAGAGGGCACGCACAUCGGCAGCGCCGCCGCCCUGGACCCCAGCGACAUGGUCUUCGGUCAAUACCGAGAAGCCGGUGUGCUGAUGUAUCGCGGCUUCCCCCUGGACUCCUUCAUGGCUCAGUGCUACGCCAACGCAGACGACCUGGGCAAAGGGCGCCAGAUGCCCGUCCACUACGGCUCGCGGGAUCUCAACUUCGUCACCAUUUCGUCUCCGCUGGCCACGCAGAUCCCACAAGCGGUGGGAGCGGCGUACGCCUUCAAGAGAGAGAGCAUUAACAGAGCAGUAAUUUGCUAUUUCGGCGAGGGAGCCGCCAGCGAGGGCGACGCCCACGCCGGCUUCAACUUCUCGGCCACGCUGGAGUGCCCCAUCAUAUUCUUCUGCCGCAACAACGGCUACGCCAUCUCCACCCCCACCAACGAGCAGUACCGAGGAGACGGCAUCGCCGCUCGCGGGCCGGGGUACGGCAUGCUGUCCAUCCGCGUGGACGGCAACGACGUCUUCGCCGUCUACAACGCCACCAAGGAAGCUCGCCGCAGAGCCGUGGCGGAGAACCAGCCCUUCCUCAUCGAGGCCAUGACGUACAGGAUCGGCCACCACAGCACGAGCGACGACAGCUCGGCGUACCGCUCGGUAGACGAGGUGAACUACUGGGACAAGCAGGACCAUCCCAUCUCACGCCUGCGCCACUACAUGAGCGCGCGGGGCUGGUGGAGCGAGGAGGACGAGAGGAGCUGGCGCAAGGACUCUCGGAAGAGAGUCAUGGAGGUGUUUGAGCGUGCGGAGAAGCGUCUGAAGCCCAACCCGGAGCUGCUCUUCAGCGACGUGUACCAGGAGGACACGCCCGCUCUCAUCAAGCAGCGCCAGGCUCUCCUGCGCCACCUGCAGCAGUACAAGGAGCACUACCCCCUGGACCUCUACGACCACUGACUUAUUAACACUUCCUGUCAGCUCACACUAACAUAAACAUACUAUGUACUGACUUCACACUGUCAAAAUUAUGUAGAUUUUCUGUAAAAAAAAAAAUACCAGCAUAGUCGCUGGAAUUUUACUGUAAAAAAUAAUAAAAGAUGUACCAGUUUUCCUGCACUGUA